UUAUCGGUUCCAAGUUGAGGCUGGUCGCGGAGGUUGCGUCUCCUCCUUCAGGAAGCGUCUCUGGCAGCAGAUCUCGCGAGAGUUGCGCGGUCGCUCGGCAGCAGUCGCUUUUGCAGCAGGGCUGAGGGAGACGGAGAGAGAAGGUAAGCGGGGAGGCUGCAUCAUGGCGGACAGAGACAGUGGAAGUGAGCACGGUGAAUUCGCCACAGGCCCCGGCCCGAUGCACCCGGGCGCCGCGUCGCGGAUCCAACACGACACGGAGGAGCUCGCCUCGAAGCGGGUGGACAUCCAGAACAAACGCUUCUAUCUGGACGUGAAGCAGAACGCCAAAGGCCGCUUUCUGAAGAUAGCAGAGGUCGGGGCCGGGGGAAACAAGAGCCGCCUGACUCUCUCCAUGUCCGUCGCCGUGGAAUUUCGCGACUACCUAGGAGACUUCAUCGAGCACUACGCCCAGCUGGGCCCCAGCAACCCUGACACGGUGCAGGACGAGCCCAGGAGGGCGCUUAAGAGCGAGUUCCUGGUGCGCGAGAAUCGGAAGUACUACAUGGAUCUGAAGGAGAACCAGAGGGGGCGGUUUCUCCGGAUCCGGCAGACCGUCAACCGCGGGCCCGGCCUGGGAGCCUCGCAAGGCCAGACCAUCGCGCUUCCCGCACAGGGACUCAUAGAGUUCCGCGACGCGCUGGCCAAACUCAUCGACGACUUCGGCGUGGACGAGGACCCCGCGGAGCUGCCCGAGGGCACGUCGCUGACGGUGGACAACAAGCGUUUCUUCUUCGACGUGGGGUCCAACAAGUACGGCGUCUUCAUGCGGGUCAGCGAGGUGAAGCCCACCUACCGCAACUCCAUCACGGUGCCCUGCAAAGUGUGGUCCAAAUUCGGCGCGACCUUCUGCAAGUACGCGGACGAGAUGAAGAAGAUCCAGGAGCGGAGCCGGGAGCGGAGGGCGCGCGAGAUGCUACCGGAGGGCCUGCACGGGGACGACGGGGACGGGGACGAGGACUAAUGCAUCUAUGAUGCACAGAACGAAUGACUUGAUAAUCAGAAGUUACUGUAAUGUGGGAUCGAUCUACACACACACAACCUUCACAGACUCAAACAGUUGCACCUCUUCACUCAUCGCCGGAAGUUACCCACUUACCCACCAUUUAACAGUAAGACGCUGCUAUCGACAACAUGAUGUAUGAACCAGGAUGUCCAGGAUGGUGCAGGAGUGUGUAUAUCCCUCUUUACCCACGUGUGUGACACAUCCAAGCUCUUGUGCAGCACUGCAAAAUUCCACUUGUUUUCCAGUACAAAUAUCUAAAUAUCCUGACAACUAUAUAUAUAUAUAUAUAUAUAUAUAUAUUAGUUCUUUUAUUAUUUUAAGAAAAAUCCAACAGUUUGCACAAUUUUAUUCAGACCACUCAUGACACAGCAAAAAAUGUCAAUACUGGAAAUAAAAGAACAUGCCUAGUUAAUGGUAAAAUGACACUAUAUAAAAACAUGAGUGGGGUCAGUUUUAAUACGAUUCAGUAUGCUUUCUAAACACUUCAGCACUGACACCUGUCAAUCAUGUUGCCAACUUGACAGCAACCGCUUCAUGUGUAAAAACUGAUGACCUAAUGUGUUUUGCAGAUUUUAAAAUGUACUUUUUUAAUUCAAAAAGUACAAAGUGACGUGAAAAUGCUGCUGAUAUUCAGCAUGCACAUUGGGGUUAUUAAAGAAAGCAUGCAAAGUGAGUGGUGUCACUGUGGCUUGUUGCUUAUUGGAGCAACUGACCCCACUCCUGCAGUUCUGCUUGUCAAGUAAAUUAUUUUAAAGAUGCUGUGUAUUUGACAGGAUAACAAGAUGGACAUUUUUUGCAGUGUAAUACUAUUUCCAAAGGUGCAAAUUGAAAAAGAAAUAUAUAAUUAGUGCUCACUUUUGACUUCCAGCACAAAAGCUAUUAUUUAGGAACCGUUUGAACCAAAGGUUCAACAUGCAAACGAACAUCAGAAGUGAAGGAACAGUGAUGUGGGAGUGCUGUGAAUAUUUAAACAUGCACUUUUGUUAGAUUAUCCAAUUUAUAUAAAUGGAUGUCACCCCUUCUGGUUCGACUUAAAAGGUGCACUUGGACAUUUUUCCAUUAUUUACAUAACAGUUUUUCGCUGGUUGCAUCAUGGGGGCCGCCAUGUUGAGAUCACGUGACCAACCAAUUAACAACAUAAACUCAAUGUUAUUAGUCACUUACAUUUGCAAAAUAAAUUUAUCAUGGCAGAAGAAGCUUCAUGUCUCACAUAAACCAAAAAUGACUAAGUGCACCUUGAAAUGCAUAUGAGGAAAUCUAGGUAUGUUGUUUACUCGUUUGCCUUUUAACUCUAUACACAAAGCAAAUGAGAUUGUUUGUUUGCACGCGUCAUGCAAUGUGUGCUUCGGUAGCCGCAUAGCGAAGGCAUUGCUAAAACAACCGGUUGACGUUUGUUCCUGUUAAAUAUGAACCCUGUUGCACCAUUGCCCUCUGACAUUUGGGCAGACGGUUUCAUUGAAGUGCUAACUUAGAUAUACAAACUAUGAUUUUGUGAAUCAGAUGUACUUAGAUCCUUAUGAAAUUGCCCACGUUUUCUGUGGGAAUUUUUCUUUAUUUUGUUUUUGGGGACGGGGUGGGAGGGGGGCAGGUACUCAAAAAGAAGCUGUCCACUAGUGCGAGUUGCGUUAAUAUCUGCGCAGAGCAUCCUCUACAACGUCAAAAAACAACUCUGGUGCCUUAUAUUCUCCACACGUUUACAUGCUUUACGUGUUCGAUCAUUUUCUUUCCGAUUGCUGUUUGUCUUUCUUUGUCGUUCGGGGUCACAACGGCGUGGAGUUUCUUCGAUGACUUCUUCAACAAGCCAAUCAAAGAAAGAGGCGUGCGGGCUCUUGGCCCUCCACGUUGCUGGGAAAAGAACGAUGAUGUCAUAAUCAAACAGCACUGACGUAAACAUGGACGUGAUGCGUUCAUGUCAUAUCAGAAUUACUUGGUUUUCCGUGGCGGUGCUCAAAGGCAAAAUCGAUCCAUGUGCGGUUUUGUCCUUGAUGUCAGACUUUGCGAAGUUUUUGUGCUCGUCAAAAACUUAGAUAAUUCUGGCGCGACGUGAACGCAGCAGUAGUCACCUAAAGGCGGUGGAGGUCUGCUAGUCAUGCUCUGUGUAAAAAAAAAAAUUAAUUAAUUAAAAAAAGUAACAGGUUUAAAAAAAGAAAAAGCUGAGUGUAAAAAAAACAAACAAAAAAAAACAGCGUGAUAAGGUUGUAUGUAUGUUUCUCGCUACAGCCCAGCAUUAUGCUAAUGUAGGCCUAUAUUAGUAGACUUAUGGCCGAGGCAGUAGCCUGUAUGAUUUUUUUGUAUGGUGCUAAUAUCCCCGUUCGUGGGAUAUACUUCUGCCGUUCUUACCAGUUGCUGAAUUCAUUUGUUGUCAACCUCGUCACAUCGCACCUUGAGAUUUUACUUUUCUCACUAAAGUUACAGUGCUAAAAUUUCAGUAUCGUGUGCAAUAUAUUGUAGGCUGCGUGCCAGUGGUGGCGUUGCCCAAAAUUCAGUCCCGCCGCAGGUUCACGUCCCCCUUCAGACCGCCAAAGCAAAACUAUUUCCUAAAAAAUCUUAUAAUGGGUACUCUAUUCAAUGCCUGAUUGGAAAUCCUACUAAAUCUCUGAAUGAUGGUGUGAUAACUAUAAAAAAUAAUCAAAGCUACACAGUCAAAUUAAACAUUUGCCAUUCUGUUUUUGUUAAUCCAGUCGUAUAUUCCAGAUGAUACGAACUAUGAAUGUUAACGCUACAAAAGCAUUAACAGGAAAACUACUUUUGAGUAUCUAGAAGACAAUAAUGCAAUGUUUUUGAAAAGGCAUUACUGAUGGCUACCUCUUGGGGUCCGAGGGGGGAUCGGAUUCUGCGGGACGAUUGAAUCUUGCGUGAGGUCGGCAUUUUGUGUGUGUGGAUACUCGUCCCCUGCAACGACAUAAAAUGUACGCUUGAGGCUCGCUCUAAUCGAAACAUGUCUCUGCAUAUUAAACUAACCUUUUUGAAAAGUUGAGGGUUUAUCCUACUAACUAAACCAGUCACCACAAACAGGGACCGUCUGAAAGCACCUAUGGCGGCAAAUCUGCUCUCCGCCAAUCAGACGCAAUCCUGUAUGACCUAAAAAUAUAGUGAUGUAGUCACUUAAGCUUCUCGGUGGUUGGAGUAGUUUAAUACUCGGUUGCUAAUAUAUAUAUAUUGUUUUUAAUUUUUUUAUUUUAGCCAAUGUUAAAUGCACAAUGCUUCAGUCAGAGAUAUUCCUAACUAUUUAUUUGAUAAAAUAGCUUAUGAAUGUUGUUAGGAAAAAAGAUAGACUUUUUCCUCAAACCCUCUCUCGACAUAAGCCAGCUCACUAGUGUUGCAGUGAAAAGCCUGUUGCUGUCAGACCCAAAUGUCACAAAUACUUGGAUAUGUGGGGUUUUGUAAAAACGAGACCUUUAUAUGUACUAAAGCCACCAGCCUACGGACAGUUUGGGGGUUUCUAGCCACAGACUCCCAUGCUAAAGGCCCAUUUGUGCUAAGCACAUGAGGAAGUCUAUAGGGGAUCAAGGCUGACAUUAUUCCUGCGGAGCGUUUGGUCUCUUUGUUUACCACUGCACAAUAUUAAAGCAUACAUAUGCACUUUGUCUCGCUCGAUAUGCCCUCGCAUCUCUUCAAGACUGAAUCUGAAACGGCAUGCUUCUCUUGUAGGGGCUAUUUUAGGUCUAUUUGUACACCGUUAUAUUUCUUUUCCUCUUGAGACCGGUAAGCAAAUCUUUUUCCUAUCACUGCCCGGAUGCGAUUACGAAAACUGCUCGAUGCGUGCCACAGUACGAAAUUUAAACUGGAAAUAACAUUUAAAGGUGUUUUCUAGAGCAAAACGAUGCAAAAAUGCACCCUCGAUCGAAUACACACAUGUUUUAAGUCAAUCAUGAAGGUGCUAGUGGGUACUAAAUGGCUCAGUCCUGUCUGGGUGGCAUCGUACAGCCAGACUUUCUCAUGUAAUAGUGUUCAAGCUCUCCACCAGCAAAGACCAGCAUUGGUUUGAUGCACAACAGGCUGUGGGGACAAAAAAUUAAACGGUACUCUGACUCCAUUCUAGACUGGAAGAGCAAUUUCAAUCUUUUCUCCAAUUCCAGGUGCUGAUUCGAAUGUCACCUGUCUAACGGAGCUGCACAGACACCUUAAAGCCCUCACGUAUCUGCAGUUUCCAAUAUGAAGAGCAACCUUUUAACUUGAUCUACUUGUUAAUCUCAUGAAGCGUGUGUGUGUGUGUGUGUGUGUGUGUGUGUGCGCGCGAUUAUCCGGUUCCCCUUCCCUUUUAAACCACGGCCAGUCACCAACUUGGGUUAGUUCUCAUACUUCACGUUCCUUCGGUCUCACAAGCUCAAGGCUUUGACCUGCUUAGCAUGUAGCUGUGAGCGUUUUGCGUAUUAAGCAGACUGUCUGGGAGGGGUCCUGCAUCGAGGGUCAAUGCACAAGGAGGGUAUUCACAUAUCCCACCAACCAUUUCCUUUUUAUUCCCUAUCAAAUGUGUUGUACACUUUAAA